AUGGAGCCUCAAGCAUACCUUUACAGCGGCGACCCGUUUUUCGGUUUCCAGAUUCCCUUAGCGCACGACAACUCCAGCUUCUGCAGCGGCAACCUCAAACAUUCUGACCGGCUUUUUGAUCUCGACGGGGUCGUCGGGUUUGCAAAGCCUCCAUGGGAGCACGGGGAAUUUUCGGAAGCGACGCUCAUGUCAGGCCACCAUGAUAAGUCUGGCCGACCUUCCAUGCCCACAAUGGGUCUCGAGCUCCCAAGCACUUUCUGCCAAGAUUUCGACCAAAAACUCUUCAACUACCUUUCGUCGGAGUCCGACGACCCCCCCGACGACAGCGAGCUCAACUAUGACGACUACUUUGAUCGGUCAACCAUUUCCGACAUCAAAUCACCUGAUCACGAGGAUAGCCACAUCACUCUUGAAGAUCCUCUCAUCAACUGGGACGGCACUGGAGCUGGAAUGCCCCCGGGACAAGCUUUGCUUACCCCGCGACAGAGUCCUCAAAGUCCCAGCAUGUCCCCUUUUCGGGCCAUUUCGUCUCCCCGCGCAAGCCUGGGCGUCGGGCCUCUGCCAGAGGCAGAAGUCAGCAGCGGUCCGGAUGAAGGGUUGGGAAGCAAUCAGAUUCCGCCUCAGAAGGUAUCGCGACCUGUACGCAGUCGUGUUACUUCCGCCGCUUCCAAAAAAAACCGUACCGGAAGGAUUUGGAAGAAAGAACCACCUAGUACGGUUUUAGCCAUUUUCAAGAGGAGGCUUGGAAUUUCAAAAUCUACUAGUGAUCAACAUUGUGUACAGCCACAGUUGAAAGGCACUGCUACCAGCGGGGUAGCGCCCAGGGGCGCACGUGGCCGCCUCCUCUCUACAUACACUGUACGACGGGAGUUAAAAGCCCUUCCCCACUGUUUGGCCUUGUUCUCUCUUGGAAGAGGGGCCAAGAAUCAGCACUAG